GCCCCGGUACUGCUCGGUUCUGUUUAUUGUUCACGCGAUGAUUUAUUCCUGCGAUGGCGUUUGCACUGAAGAUUCGGGAGAUGACAAAUGGAGAUUCUUUUUUUUCUUUUGUGCUGUGCUGCUAAAGUUGCAUUGCCACCAUCAUUGCCCAUGAUUCCCAUACGGUUAAUGUUCUCACUCUUCCUCUCUUUCCAUUUUCUCUUCUCGCUACACUAUGGGAAUGAGGCGGCUAUGGGUUAUGAUGCGUGGCUGUGGUUGAGGAUGAGCAUGAGGAUGAAGAUGAGCAUGAGCAUGAGCAUGAGACAAUGCUAUACGAGUCAGGUCAGCUUGAUACUACUUGCUACUUGCUACUCGCCACUUGCUACUAGCAUGAGCAUGCUACUUUGUGCUUCUCCGACUGUCUUUUGUUGGGACGCCCGGUGGGAUCAUGCGCGGUGCGGGUGCGGACAUGGGGGGUUGAGCGUUUUCAUGUUCACUUUAUAGACUAAAUAGGCUUUGGGUAUUACAUUCUUUUUUUUUUUGAAA